CUGUUCACCAACCACCCCGUUCUCUCUUCCCUCCCGACGAGAGAGGGAGAGAAGGGGGAAUAAAGAGAGCGGGGAAGGGCUUCUGGCUCUGGGAUCGGGCUCUCCUCGUUCGUCAGGAAACCCGGAAGCCCUAGCGAGGGCAUAUCUCCAUUUAUGUUGUCUUCGUCGGCCGCCAUGACUGGAGUGGGACGGUACGAGAGGAGGAGGGUGGUCGUGGUGGGCGGAGGCGUCGCGGGUGCUCUUCUCGCCAAGACCAUCCAAUUCUACGCGGAUGUGGUCCUCAUCGAUCCAAAGGAAUACUUUGAGAUCCCCUGGGCAAACUUGAGAUCAAAAGUGGAGCCAUCAGUUGCAGAGAAAACGAUAAUCAACCAUUUUGAUUACUUAGUUAAUGGAAAAAUAAUCACAUCCUCUGCAAUUAAUGUUACUGAAACGGAGGUGGUAACUGCAGAGGGUCGUAAGGUGGUGUAUGAACAUCUUGUUAUAGCUACUGGUCAUGCAACUAACACUCCCAGAUGCAGGAGAGACAGGCUUGAACAGUUUCAAGAAGAAAAUACGAAGAUAAAAAAUUCUGGUUCUAUUCUAAUCAUUGGAGGUGGACCAACGGGCGUUGAACUUGCUGCUGAGAUUGCAGUUGACUACCCAGAGAAGAAGGUCACUCUAGUUCAUAGUGGACCAAGAUUGCUGGAGUUUAUAGGACAGAGAGCUGCCAACAAGACAUUGCAUUGGUUAAAAUCAAAGAAUGUUGAAGUGCUUUUGGACCAGUCAGUUGAUAUUGACUCUAUAUCAGAGGCUGAUCGAGUGUUUAAAACUUCAACUGGAGAAACCAUAACAGCUGAUUGCUACUUUUAUUGCGUGGACAGACCACUAAGUUCAUCAUGGCUACAAAAUUCUGUGUUAAAAGAUUGCCUCGACGAGAAUGGAAGAUUGAUGGUUGAUGAGCACUUAAGAGUCAAAGGCCAAAAGAAUAUUUUUGCCAUUGGAGACAUAACUGAUGUUCCUGAGAUUAAACAAGGAUUCUUUGCACAGAGACAUGCAAUGGUGGUUGCAAAGAACUUGAAGUUGCUGAUCAAUGGGCCUAAAGAGAGUACGCUGGCCAAGUAUAAGCCUGCAACAACCAUGGCAAUGGUUUCACUGGGAAGGAAGGAUGCUGUGGCGCAGUUACCAUUCAUGACAAUGAUUGGAUUCCUACCAGGAUUCAUCAAAUCCAAGGACUUGUUUGUUCACAGGACGAGGCAGCAAAUGGGGCUGGACCGUUGUCGUCCUUCAUCAAUAUUGACCCCUUCAUCAAUAUAGAGAUGGGGAGCUCUUCACUGAUCCAUUAAGAACAUGAAUACAUCAAUAGAUAAAUAAAAAGCCCUAGGUACCAGGGCCAACCAACAAGAAAGGAAGAGGGAAGAAGAGGAUGGGACAAGAGAAUACAAGCUGGAAAUGUUGGGUCUCUCUGAAAACUCUUUAAGAAACUUUUCUGAGGUUCCUCCUUCAGAACCAACACACAGAAGAGCAUAUUAUGAACCAUAGUUCUCAAGAUUUCCUCAUAUAUUCUAUCAUUAUUAUUAAAAUUCCUGUCCUUUUUCUUUCGAGCCAUGGGAUCUAAACCAGAGCCAGCAUGAGGAUGUCCCAGGCCAGUUUUAUGAGGGACUGCUCCAUUUAUAUAUACUUGGACACUGGUGAUUCUGAGCAUGAAUCAGUAAUUAUAGAUGAUUAUGUUGGCAAGGGUCUCAGUUAUGUAUGAUACUAUAAAACCAGCAUUUUAUUAGUGGUAAUGCUAUUGAUUUGCUUGCUCCUGGUGUGCUUUUUGGUUUAUGUGACACCCUGGUCUGACAUCUUGAAUGGGGUGUUUAUUCUCUUAUUCGCAUACAGCAUAUACUAUGUUCCUUGGACAGUCUUGUGUAAGUGCACCUAGCAUGGCUUGAGGCUCUCACCCUAACUUCCUAUCAAAGUUUGGAGAACAUGUGGAGAGGCUCAAUUUUGUUGUUGCUAGAUCCUCGCUGCUCCAACCUAAAAGAAAAUGGGCAUUUAAGAAAACUGGAGUAGAAUUUGUCUGUCUUGUUAUUUUGUUGUUCCCAACUUGUAAGUCUAUAGUUUGAACAUAGUAAAGUGGCUUAUGUUAAUUUUCCAUUGUAUUUGCUCCUUUGUUAAAUGGAAAUUUCU